AUGGCUCCAACCUCAAUAAGGGUUUACAGUCGCGGAACGGUUUGGGAACCCGAAACCUCAAUUAGUGUUCAGCCAAUGAAAAAAUCAAAGAUUAUAUUGCUUGGCAAUUCUGGCGUUGGUAAAACAAGCUUACUUUACAGUCACAGAUACGGUCCUGACGUUACUCCAUGUAGCGCGACAAUUGGUGCAUCGUAUGUAAAUUGUGAAAUGUAAGUGAGUUGGUUUUGAAUUUUUUUAUUGAAUAUAUUUUUUUAAAACACAAGUUCUUGAAAAAAAUUAAAAGCGUAGCAUUGUUUUUGAAACGUUAUAAUCAAUUGGGACAUAACAAGUAACAUCAUGCUGUCUUAUAGGUGUGUAGAAGAUAAAACAAUUCAGCUACAAAUUUGGGAUACCGCUGGUCAAGAACGAUAUCGGUGUAUGAUUCCAAUGUAUUUAAGAAAUGCCAUCGGUGCAGUUUUGGUUUAUGACAUCACAGACAGAAAAAGCUUUGACGAAAUUCACAAAUGGCUCCAAGGUAUGAAUAAAAUUAAUUUUAUAAAUCAUAUUAUAAUUGUCUUAAUUAUUUCUAUUUAUCUCUUUCGUGACAAUUUAUCACAAGAUUUUAGAUUUGGAAAGAUAUGCAGUAGAAACACCGUUACUUACUUUAAUUGGAAGCAAAUCUGAUAUGUUUGAACAACGAGAAAUUUCCACACUUGAAGGAGAAGCCAAAGCAUUGAAAUUAAAAGCGCAAUUUUACGAAUUAAGCGCUUUUGAUCCAAAGUCUAUUGAUAAGAUGUUGUACGACUUGUCGAUCCGGAUACACCAUCGCAUGCUAAUGGAGCCGCCGGAAACAAAACAGGUGGAGCUUAUUAAAGUACAGCCUUGGCGUCGUACACCUAUUCAUUCUCCCACAUCUAGUGGACAAAUGAGUCCUACAAGUUCAGAAGAUUAUGUUCUUUCUUCUAACGCGUCUUUCGGAACCUUGGCGGCACACGAAAAAAAACGAAUUGAAGAUACAGAAGACGAGGAGAAAACCGCUCCAUGUUGCUCAAUAAUGUAA